AUGCGUGGUGAGCAUGGGAUCGAGGUGUCCAAGUCUUUAGCGUGGGAUGCGCGUGAGUAUGCUAUCAACACAAUGACAGGUAUUCCAGAAACAGGUUAUGCGAAGAUUCCCAAAUACUUGCACAUGAUGAAGGAAGCUAAUCAUGGGUCACAUACAUCUUACGAAACUGACAAGGAUGGGAUAAUCAGAUUCCAUUUCAUCUCGUUUGGGCAGUGUGUCCGAGGUUUUUACAGAGCCAUUCGAAAAGUUAUUGUUCUAGAUGGGACGUUUUUGAAGAGCAAAUUCAAAGGUGUUUUACUGGUUGCUACUGCUUUGGAUGGAAACUCAAGUUUAUAUCCACUUGCAUUUAGAGUUGUCGACUCAGAGAAUGACCGCUCGUGGGACUGGUUUAUGAGACAACUUAAAGUGGUUAUUGCUGAUGACCAGAGUUUAGCUUUUGUGUCUGAUAGGAAUACCUCACUUUCUAAAGCUAUUGCAAACGUGUACCCUCAAUCUCAUCAUGGAAUUUGCAUUCACAACUUACUGAAUAAUGUUGUAACUUAUUACCAUGGGAAAGGUUUGGUUGGUUUGGUUGCAAAUGCUUCUAAAGCUUAUCGGGUUGUUGAUUUUCAGAAGAUCUUUACAAAUAUUUUCUCGAUUAGUCAUGAGAUAGGGAAAUACCUAAUAGAAGCUGAUGUGAGAAAGUGGGCUCGCUGUCAAUUUCCUGGUUUUAGGUAUGAUAUUAGGAGCAAUAAUCCUGCUGAAUCGAUGAAUUUUGCAUUGUGUUCGUCAAGGGAGUUUACGGUCAUUCCUCUACUGGACAUCAUAAGGGAAAUGAUAACUCGAUGGUUUUUUGAAUGUAGAACUCUAAGUUCUAAGAAUUCAAAGCCAUUGACCACAUAUGUGGAAAAGAAGAUUGAUAGAAGGAUUCAGAAGGGAAAGACGUUAACAGUUUACCCGAUUAACGAUUACUGGUUUCUGGUUUGUGGAGACAAAAUUGAAUGUACGGUUGAUUUGGUGAGAUGCACAUGUUCUUGUGGAAAAUUCGACUUGUUAAAGAUCCCAUGCAGGCAUGCCAUAAAAGCCGGUUUCAGUGUAGGCAGACCAGUUCACAGUCUGACUGACGAGAAGUACACAACUUCUUCUUGGAUCUCAGUUUACGAGGAAAGAAUAAAUCCGAUAAGUGUCCCUGAAGAUGCAUGGAUUGUGCUAGAACAUGUGGAGAAGGCAAAAUUUCUUUCUCCAGAGAGUAGAAGAGCAGCAGGAAGGAGGAAGAAAAGAAGAUACGAGACAGUUAAAGUCAAGAUUUGUUCACAAGGAAGUAAAGGUUCCACAAGACGCAAAUGCAGUAGCUGUGGGAUUGAAGGGCACAAUAGGUCAACUUGUGAUAGAGCAAUAUAG